UAUUAUUAAUAUAUAAUAAAACACGGCCUUCUCAGAAAAUUACGAGCAAAUAAAAUAAUGAUUGACCCACGCCCAAUUUGCUCACUUUUUUCCCAAUUGGCCCCUCUCAUGAAAAUUCUAUAAAUCACUAUCUUUCGUUUCUUCUUCUUCUUGUCUAUUAAAAGGAGUGGACAUACAGAGUUUUAGCAUAGCUUCCCAUAUUAUUAUCCACACACACCUUACAAAUUACCAAAAAUACUAAUAUCUAUCUUCUUUCAUUUUGAUGAUCUAAUCUCAAUAAUAGCUAAUCCUUCCUGUUUUAUAGAUUAAAUACGGAUUAAUACUCUCUCCAUAACGGCCCUAAUUUGCAGCUCUAUUCUUGUAUAUCUUCUUUAGGAAGAAUAGAGAAAAGGGUGUUUUUUUAUUUGUAGAGUUAUCUCGAUAUGGCAAUGACAAAGACCUUAUCUAUGAUCUCAAGAACGGGAAGAGACUUGCAGAGAUACAAUGAUGGAUGUCGUCAAGUUGUUGGAUGCAUUCCGUACAGAUAUAGAAAAACAAACCAAUCAUGUACAGUGAAAGGGACCCAAAUUGAUGAUUUGGAGUUUCUAUUGAUCAGCUCGCAGAAGAGUCCAAGAUGGAUGUUCCCUAAGGGUGGUUGGGAAACUGAUGAGGCAUUAGAAGAUGCAGCUUUAAGGGAGACUUUUGAGGAAUCAGGUGUAAUUGGUGAUGUUGAGGUUCAGGAGUUUUUAGGUACUUGGAGUUUUAAGAGCAAAAGCCAAGGGACAUUUCAUGAGGGACACAUGUUUCCUUUGCUAGUUACAGAAGAACUAGAUGAUUGGCCUGAGAAAACUGUCCGAAAACGGCUAUGGUUGAAAUUUAGUGAAGCAAGAGAAGUAUGUUGGCAUUCGUGGAUGAAGGAAGCUUUAGAUGUCUUUGCUUCUAAGCUCACAAAGAUAACUAAAGACAACGAGCCUCAGACAUGCCCUUUCGAUGAAUUGUCCUAUGAACAGACAGUUGCUGCUGUAUCGAAUUCGAACACAAUGUUUUUUGAAGAACCAAGAAUCAACAUUGAAGCUAAUGAUUUGACCUGUGAAGAGCUGAGAAUUAGCCUUGUAGCUAAGCCUUCUCUAGGUAAGCUAUUGUUCAAUGAAGAACCAAGGCGAAAGCCGUUUUUCAAUGAAAUUAGUAAUGUAGCCAACUCAAUGUUCAGUGAAGAAGCAACAAUGACCACCAAAACCAAGAAGAUGUUCAAUGAAAAAUUGGGAAGCAUAAGCAUUGCUGCUUUCAGCUAGCAAACAAGUGAAGGAAGAAACCCCCAAGACUUCUAAGAACCGAGAAUAAUGAACCAGGGAGGCCUCCUAUCCAGUAGAAUUCUCGACGAGUUGGAAGCCAAGAACAGCAUAGCAUAAAGCAGAAAGAAAGAAACUUGGAAUCCGGUUGAUAGAAAUUUUGAUGACUAAAAGUGCAGGAAUUGGCAUUGUUGUCCAUAAUUUGUUACUUUAACCAGAUAAGAAAUCCGAAUUAACCUUGUUUUAGAUGAUUCUAAGAGGAACUAAUCCAGUUUCUCAAACUCCAGACAUAGGUUAUGCUUGACAGAGAGAUUUAGAGGCUAAAUUGCUAAAGUUUCUAACUUCAUUCCUUAAUUCUUUUGUUAUUAGUUAGCUUUCGUUCUUAGUCGAAAAAACGUACAUGAUCAUUUAGUUAAUGUGAGGAACACCAAAAUUGAACAAAAAGAAUUGUCUAUUUCGUUUGGAACUAUACAUUCUCUAGUUGUUGGCACAACCCUAUUUAUUCAAUAAUUGAACUAUAAAGUAAUGGAUAUCAAGUUCUUGA